AUGAGAAAAGGGGGUGCCCGAGUUGGACGUGCUUUUCGUUCCUCAGUUAUCAAUCAGCAGCGCUGCGUCACUCCACAUCUCCAGCAGGUGUCUUAUCUCCUGCCACUUACACCAGGGGCUUCGUGCGGCGUGGAGGAUGCCCAGAGACUUUUUGUGCGAUGCUGUCGUCUGUAUGGAGAAGAUAAAGGGCAGCGCAGCGGUGACAACAAUGCCGAUAUGCGACCGAGUUUUGAGGAAAGCAUUGCAUCACUUCGGCGUCUUGGGUUGGUGUCACCGCUGCUGCACAACGAGCACGCGGCAGUGAAUGGCGCAGAAGCGAACACGAUCCAGCGUGCACCCUUCGUCACAGUCCAACUGCACUCAAUUGAUGUGAACUCUUCCCCUGGAGGAGGCAAGGAGGAUGCAGUGGCGCUGUUUCAACUUCUGCACGGUGUCAUUAUCCCAUUAUUGUACUCACGCAUUGAAGCUAUCGCUACUUCUAGUUCUCGAACCGACUCACGUCACACGGAAAAGGUGGAAGUGAAUGCGUGUCUUGACUUGUUGCAGCCUCGGCCACGAGGAUCCGGCACUAGUGACACCGCGUGUCGUUUCCUCACGGAAUUGGUGAAUGAGGCACUUAUUGCCGGCGUACGCGAGCGGGUGCUGCAUCCGUGCGGCAAUGGCCUCUUUCAGCUCCACCGAGACGUGCUGCAGCGGACGUCGCCCUGUUUAUUGGCUCUCCAAUGGUGGUGGUGGAGACGAGUGGUGCCGAGUGUACAUCGCGCAAUGGAUACCGGAACGAGGGCGGAAGCUUUGCCACUCGAGGCGUGGAUAGAUGUGCUGCAGGCGCGUGUCAAGCUCUUAUUUGACAAGCGUGACGAGAGCAUGCCGCGCUUUCUUGCCAAAGGGCCAUUGGAUGCUGCGAUGACACUCGUCACGGACGCGGCACGUUGCUGGGGUCUGUACCCCUUGCCAGAAGACCGGCCAUCAUCGGGCGCAGCAGCAGCAGCAGGAACAACAACAACGACCCUGCCAAAGUGGCAGCUGCAGCUUUCAGAUGAGGCACGUGUGGCAUUGGCAUUGGAAACAUUGGGCUCUAUGAGGGCCUGUCUUGCACGUCGUCCGGCCGGUGUGGUCAUUAGUGAGUUAUCGACACUGGUAUCGUGGCCACUGUUGUCGAGUUUUCUGCGCAAGCGAAGUCUUCUAAAGGCACUAUCGCAUUUCCCCUUCCAUUUUACUGUGUCAUCAGUGCAAGGCGUGCUUGUGGCACAUCAGCAGCUCAACGUAGCUCUAAAAGGCAGUAUCACUGCCGAAGAGGCGUCAGCGUGGCUCUUGUCAAACCGAAACGAACCAAAUGCAGCUGCUCCUGGAGUCUUCCUGCAAGAAGUGGACGUGGUUAUUCGGGCUGUGACAUUUCUGCGGAAGCGUCAUCUGCGCGGCAUAUCUGUUAUGUUUGAUGAGUUGCGCGGUGUUCUCCUAUCCUCAGCCGGUGGAAAUGGCAGCAGCAGCAACAGUGGCGGAAAUGAAGUGUUGGGUGUUCUGCGUCGGUACGAUGUCAUCGCCGGUUUGGACACUGAGGAGAUUAUCUCGUGGGCGGCUGUGCAGCGCGAUACAGUACAACUGUCGCUACGGGAAACAAGGGCACUGAGAGCUUUGGAAGCCUUCCGAAAGAAGACCCUGGUCAGUCAUGAGUUGUACGCCGAGGCGAUCGAGCCCUUUCUGCACCGCUGCAGCAACGAGGCAAGAGCAAUUGAUGGUGAUGUUCUUCCAAUUACACUGCUCGAGCGCUGGUUACAAUCCGAGCGCUGUUUACUGAAGCGGGCGGACCUCCUUAAGGUUUUGCGCCAAUUCAAUAAGGGCUUUCCCCUUGAUGAAGAGGAGCUUUGCAUACACUUGAAGGGUGGCUCUGAAACAUUAGCACCAUUAAUUUCCUGCAGCGCUCCUCCGCCUCCAGUGUCCCCGUCCCAGUUAGCCCCGACGUCGGUACCCCGGGCCCGUUACAACUACGGACUUGCGUUUGAUUCGCAACUGUCGCGUGUGCUGGAUGCACAGCAACCGGACGCGUUGCACCACUUCGCACAGACGACAGUCUACGCGGUGUUUGAGCUACUCAUGCCUGUUGUGUCUGUUCCGUCAGGAGUGCGGAUGCAAACCCUGAUCCGCCGCGUUCGCUGGAAUUGUGUUGCAGCAACGCUUGGUACUCUUUCUUCGUUCGUUGAGGCAUUCGACGGUCUUUUUUUCGAUGUGUUCGAAGAAAAUUUGGGCGAUACAGAAGAAUGUGUGGUGACAGCGUAUCGCGGUCCUGUUGGGGCAUGGAUGCUGUACGCUCGUCUCAUCGCUCGUCUUUUCCCACCCGACGAGGACAUGCCGCUUCGACUGGUCGCGGAGAGCCUCUCAUGGAAUUUGCGCUUCGCCCCUCGGUUUGGUGAUCUUCCGGCGCUGCUGCGUUGCGUGGGGCGCUGUUGUCGCGAUGGGUAUGUGCUCGCGACAGAAAGGACGAUAGCUGACACCUCCACUGCCGCCAUGUAUGACGAUUCGGUGCUCUGGGGGCUACUGGAUAGUGUGAGAGAGCAUCAACAGCAAGAGUCGGAAGGUGCCGCUCAGCUACCAACACACGUGUUGCUGAAACCGAUGGAGCUUCGCCAAUACGUUAUGGGUGUUUUGGGGGCUGACACAGACAGUUCCGAUGGGAUGUCUCUGGCGGAGACGGCGGUGCGUCGACUUCCAUUAUUCUUCCAAUGGCAUACUGCCCCGUCUGGCCCAGCGGCACUGGUGCGCGUCGUAUUACCGCACGCUGCUGCUACCACUGGGUUGGUAGCCUUCAUUGAAGGGUAUGUGUGCCCGCUGCUGCGGCAGCACCACGGCGUGUCGGUCGAAGAGUUGGACGAGCGACUCGGGUGGUCCUGCGGCUGCUUUGACCAUCAUCCCGCCGGCGUGCGUGUCGUGAAGGGUGUCGUCAGCGCGGCUUCACUAUUUGGCGUCCUNUGGAGGUACGCGGAGGCUGUGCAACAAACGCGGAUCCUGCUGCGGCCGAGUGCUUUGCCGCCAGACCACCCAGUUAUGGUGUGCCCCAACACCGCUGUGUAUCGUAGUCCAGAGGAUAUGCUGCUGGAGGUGAACGGGCUUGAAUCUGUGGCGAACAGUGACGUGCUGCUACGACCUUCCGGGAGGCCUAUUUCAUUAUUCGAGGUGCUGGCACAGGAACGUGAACUAUGUGGCGACAUCAGCGAUACCUCUCGUUGCACAGGCUCGGAAGAGUGGCAUGUCUCGCUGCAGUGUGGUGGCAGUGGACCUGACGAGUGGGAGAAGGAGCUGGCGGAGGGCAGAGGUGACAUUCUUGUGUGGUGUGAGGCGUGA